UGACACACCGGUGUCGAAACCUACCGACCCAGGACCAAAAUGGCCAAGAGUGGCAGCCCAGCCGCAACAACGACUGCUAUUGAGCAGUUCGAAGACGCACCCGAGAAGAAUAUGCUAGACCAGAAAGGUGACUAUGCUGGCGCUCUCGCCAAAACCAAUCCCAUUGAGAUCAAGCUCGUGCGAAAGCUGGACUAUAUGAUAAUGCCCUGCCUAUGUAUCAUGUACUUUCUGAACUACAUCGAUCGCAAUGCGAUCGCCCAAGCUCGUCUCAACGGCCUCGAAGACGACUUAGGAAUGUCCGGGUCUCAGUUCAACACAACAGUCUCUAUCCUCUUCGUCGGCUAUGUUCUCACUCAAGUCCCUAGUAAUAUGCUCAUCACUCGCAUCCGUCCCAGCAUCUACAUGAGCGCCUGGAUGCUGAUCUGGGCCGUCGUCAGCGGUUGCACUUCUCUCGUGCAAUCCUACGGUAGUCUCGUCGCGUGCAGAUUCCUGCUCGGCAUCACGGAGGCACCAUUCUACCCUGGUGCGACAUAUGUAUUGAGCAUCUUCUACACGCGCAAGGAGGUCGCGUCGAGAGUUGCAUGUCUUUAUUGUGCGCAGAUACUCGCCACGGGCUUCUCUGGUCUCAUCGCUGCCGGAGUGUUUGCUGGACUAGAUGGAAGAAGGGGCAUUGCCGGGUGGCGAUGGCUGUUUAUUGUUGAGGGCGCAAUCACGGCUUUCGUUGCGCUGUUCGGGUUCUUCAUUCUCCCGGAUACGCCGCUCACGACGAAGUGGCUGAAGCCAGCGGAACGUGAGCUUGCACAUGCGCGGAUGGAGAGGGACAGAGUUGGUGAUGAGGGCGAGUCGUCGACGCUGAAAGGGUUGAAACAGGCGUGCAAGGAUCCAAAGACUUGGCUGUUUUGUUUGAUGCAGAACUUGCAUCUUGCGGCGUGCUCAUUCAAUUCUUUCUUCCCCACUGUUGUGAAAACAUUGGGGUUCAAUACGACCGUCACGCUGGUACUCAGUUGCCCCCCUUUUCUUUUCGCUGGAGCGACUGGAAUCUUCUUCGGCUGGUCGUCUGGACGGUUUCACGAAAGAACAUGGCAUAUCACUGCAGGUCUAUCCAUGGCGAUUGUUGGAUUUGUAUGGGCUGCGGCAACCUUGAAUACCGCUGCAAGAUACGUUGCAUGCUUCGUGUUUGCUAUGGGAGCAUAUUCAGUCAAUUCUGUAAUCGUCGGCUGGGCAUCCUCGACACUGGGCCAAACAAAGGAAAAGAAAGCUGUUAUUUUAGCCAUGACAAAUGUUGGUGGACAGAUCGGGUAUAUUUACGGCGCUUACAUGUGGCCCAAGACAGACGAGCCUAGGUAUGCGUCUGGAUUUGGGGCUUCGGCAGGACUUGCACUAGGAUCAAUUGCUUGCGCAUGGUGGAUUCGUACUAUGUUGAUCAGAGAGAACCGUCGCUUAAUGGAGAUUGCGACACAUGAGCAUGUCAACAGUUAUGGGUACUAGGAGUAGCAUACGAGGAAAGCAGUUAGGAUUGAGAAAGAAAUAAAAAC